AACAUGUAACCUACCCAGCGUUGUGAACUUUCCGGUUUAUCAAGAUGCAAUCACUCUCGACGGAUAUAAAACCCAUAGAAUCGCAUGGAUUUCACCCACAAUUUUCUCGUUAACUAAGGUUUUGUCAGAGUCAGUUUUCUGCGCAACAAUCAUGCCUCUCUACCAGUGUAACCCAGCCACAUAUGCUGGCUUCCUCAGCUAUUUCAACACCAACUCCCACAAUGGCGUACUUGGCUCAAACGAACUGAGAGCCGCCCUUGUGCGUGCAGGUGCGAAUCCAAGCAACCAAGAGAUCCAGCAGAUGAUUGGCCUGAUCAGUGUUGACCCAACCGGCAUUUCUUGGCAAUGCUUUAUUGAUUACGUCUCCAGCUAUACCAAGUUCCGUGAUCAGGAGGCAGAAUACGCCGAGGCUUUCCGAAUCUACGACAUCUCGGGCAAUGGCGUCCUUACGCGAGAUGACAUCAAGUAUUGCAUGGAGAAAAUUGGUAUUAGGGUGGACCUUGACCAGCUAAUGGACAGUGUUGACACUAACCAUGAUGGCAACAUUGACUACGACGAAUUCUGUGCCAUGAUGAAGAAAACUGUGUUCUAGAAAAAUAGGGAAGAUCAAUUCUGAUGCCGACCCCAUCGAAAUCAAAAGGACUUUGACCAUUCUCCUGUCAACGUGAUCUACAUGUAUAUAGUUUACACGCCGGUGCAAUUAUUCUGCUAUAAGUCUUAGUUAUUCUAUGAAAAAAUAAAAU